AUGGCGCGGAGCCGCAAGUCGCGGAAGGGGAAGAAGGAGUGGCGGCGGAACAUCAGCACGGCGGACCACGACAAGUUCCUCGAGGAGAAGGGCCGCGACGAGCGCAGCGGCGGCGCGCUCGACGCCGUUCCCAGCGAAAACAUCUUCUUCGUCGAUAAGUCCAAAGUUGCGCCCAAGAUCCGCAAGGUGGACAAGUGGCGCGCGCGCGAGUCCCACGCGGACGCCAUUCUCAAGCGCAGCUCGCUCGUUCCGCCGCUCGUUCCCGAACCCUCCCCGGCGCGCUCCAAAAGCAGCGCUAAACCUUCCGAUAAACCCGUUGUUAAACCUUCGGAUAAAUCCGCCAAUGCAUCUUCGGAUAAGAGGAGGAGAAACUCUGAGGAUAACUCUGAGAAUGCGCUGGCGUCCGCAGAAAGAGGAGGAGGGGGAGGAGGAGGGGGAGGGGCAGAGGAGAGUGGGGAUGGCAGCGGAGGGGAGAUAGUUGCAGCAGCAAGCGGUGAAGCGGCUAAGGCUACAGUUCAGAUUGCCGGCACGAGUUCAGACCGGAAAGAAAUUGCUGCUGCGGAUUCAGGGGUUGCAGGAGGAAAGAGACGCGCCAAGAAGGCACGGAAAAACUCUCAGAAGCCGCUGUUCGACCUGUGGGCGGACGAAGACCUAGCCGGUAACCGCCGCGCUGUUCGCGCCACCGACAAGGAAACUCCAGGAGGAGGAGGGGAGGUGGGGGAGAGAGUGAGGAGGAGGGGCGAUGGGAAGAUGAUAGGAGGCAAGGAGGAGAGGAACAAGCCAGGGUCUGCAAUCCCUGCAGUCGAGAUCGAUGCUCCUGGGUGCUCCUUCAAUCCCUCCGUGGAAGAACAUCAGGAUGCGAUAGCAGUGGCAGUGGCGGAGGAGCUGAGGGAGAGCUACCAGGCAGCGCUCGCCCCCACACCCCCCCAGCUACUGGUGUCGAGAGCAGAAGAGGAGGAGGCAAGGAUGCAGGAGGCAGCGGUUGCACCAGGCAGCGCUGGCACCCACGCCCCCCCAGCUGCUAGUGUCACUAGCAGAGGAGGAGGAAGCGAGGAUGCAGGAGGCAGCGGCAGCACUGGUACCGAUGCUACUGUAGCUGCUGGUGUCACAGCAGAGGAGGAGGAAGCACGGAUGCAAGAGGCAGCAGUGAUUCUAGGAAGGUGGAGUGCGGUGAAGUGA